CCCUCCUCUGACAGGCGGGGCGGGGCGGUGUCAUGUGGGCCGCCACACCGGGAAGGGCCUCGCCGAGCCGGGAAGGAGGAUGGCGGGCUGGGGCUGGGAGCUGUUAUCGCCCGCCGCUUUGCUCGUCGUGGCGCAGCUCGUUUGGGCGCCGGACCCGUAUGGAGAAGAGUGCAGGAGUAAAACAUACCCUCCUUCAGGACCAACGUUCAAAGGGAAUGUACCCACAUAUGUCAUAAAUCUUGAUUUACCUCCCAGCAAAAGAUGGGAUAACUUGAUGCUCGACAAAAAGACAGAGCUGAAGACUGUGGUGCAGAAUAUUAAAGAUAUAGCAAAUACCUUCUUCCCCAGUGGCAAAGUUGUUGACAUAGUGGAUAACAAAAUAGCUCGUCUGACUGCCACGCUUCCUUAUCCUUUCAAUGAAGAACUCCAAGGGAUAGCAAAUUCAUCUGGGAUUCCUUUGGGGGAAAUUGUUAUUUUUAACAUCUUCUAUGAAAUUUUUACUGUAUGUACAUCCAUAGUGGCAGAAGAUAAAACAGGGAAGCUGUACCAUGCCAGAAACUUGGAUUUUGGACUCUUUCUUGGGUGGGAUGUUAAAAAUAAUUCCUGGACUUUAACUCGGGAACUGAAGCCUCUAGUGGUAAACUUGGACUUCCAGAGAAACAACAAAACAGUAUUCAAGUCUACAAAUUUUGCUGGAUACAUAGGCAUGGUGUCUGGAGUCAAACCAGACUUGUUCACGCUGACAAUGAAUGAGCGCUUCAGUCUUGAUGGUGGUUAUGUUGGAAUCUUCGAAUGGUUUCUUGGUAGAAGAGAUGGUAUGUGGAUGGGCUUUCUUACAAGAACAGUAUUAGAGAAUGCUACAAGUUACCAGGAUGCAAAAGACAAACUGGCAAAAACAAGACUGCUGGCUCCAGCUUACUUUAUACUGGGUGGAAAAAAUUCUGGAGAAGGGUGUGUGAUAACUCGUUCCAGGACAGCUAGUCUGGAUAUCUGGGACCUUGAUAUCAAGAAAGGCACAUGGUACGUGUUAGAAACAAACUACGAUCGCUGGAAGCCUCCACUAAUCUUGGAUAAUCGUAGAACACCUGCAAUGAAAUGCCUGAACCAGACAAUGCAAGAGAACAUCUCCUUACCAACAAUUUAUGAUGUUCUCUCCACAAAGCCUGUCCUCAAUAAGCUGACUGUGUGCACAACGCUGAUGGAGGUAUAUAACGGUCAUACAGAGACUUACCUGCGGGAAUGCCCAGAUCCCUGUAGUCCUUGGUAGUCCUGUACCUUUCCAAUGUUGGAAGCUGCUUGUCUGAAUUGGAGGUCCUCCAAGAAGAAAUACUUCUGGAAAAAGAUUCCUCAGUCUAACUCCUUUCUUCAGAAAUCUAAUGGCUAUAUAGAAAUGUCAAUGAGCUUCUAACAGUGGAGGACCCUAUCUCACAGCAGACUUUCUUGCUUUGUGAUCAGCAGUUCUGCUGACGAGAAAUGUGUACUAAUGAAUAUCUGGUUUGAUUUCAGCCAUUUCUGCCAAAUGAGUUCAGCAGUUAGCUCUAGAUCUCCUCAGCCUUGACAGUAUUCUUGGUUUGGUUUGUUGUUGGUUCGUGGGUUUGUUAUUUCUUGUUGUUUGGUUGGGUGUUUUUUAGAUGAAAAUACUUCUAAAACACACAUAAGUUAAAAUGGCACCUAUCAAGCAUGAAAAAGAAUUGGGUAUAAGAAGGCCAUCUGGGACAGUACAGUUCUGUUAUUCUUUCCUAAGCACUUAAGAUGAAUUGCUAGUGUUCUGGUCCAAUAUGAAGUUAUGUCUAAGAUGCCCCGUUAUAAAAUAAUUUACCAAGUGUCAUAUCUAGUCACAGAAACAAGGUCUUGGGGAAAUAUCUAAAAUGAGAUCUGAGCCAAAAAAUGUCUUUUCACUGAUUUAUAGAUCUUUUGCUGAAGCUCACUCUUGGCCUGUUAACAAAUUUUUUUUAACACAGAUUUUUCUGUUGUCUUAAAAAAAUACUAAUACAAUAAAUAUUCUUGAGAACUA